UAGAACCGUCAGUGCACAGGUAGAUACAAGCCCAGAGGAGUGUAGAUAUAUUAGCGGAAACCAGGAAACUGAACUCAUCACUGAAGCUCUGGGCAAACCAUUGUGCUGGUAUAUCUAUCCAGAAAUACGGAUCUUGAUAAGGAGCAGCUCAUUUUUCGUAUAUAGUUACACAAAUGGAAAAUUCAAGAAAAUUGACUGAGUUGACAUGUGAACACUUGAAGAUUAUGGAUUAUUGUGAAGUAGUUUUUUAAGAGUUUCCCAGAGGCGUUUAUGUACCAGAACACAAUGCGGUAACGAGCAACACUUUGUUUAAGACGCGUGAUAUGGUAAUAUGAAUAUAUUCACUUCUCGAGAAUCAUUAAUAUGAAAAAUUGGAACCGAGGAGUAUGGAAGCACAGAACUUAUUCAAAGUUUGCUAUUUGAGUUGUAUAUGGAUAUUAACAACAGGAAUACCUCUAGAAGAUAAAACACAAUCAGAACAAUCACAGUCGUCGCCACAACAUGCUGGAACUAUACGACAUCUUCUCAAUAGCCCGUUCAGGGUCCGCCAGAAUACAGACAACAUUCUAGAGCACUUAAAGAACUAUGAAAUAACCGUCCCAGUUCUGACAGAUUCCCAUGGGGGAUUUGUCAGUUAUGAUGUUGAACAUACAAGUCUCGAAAGACACAAACGGAGCGCAAAUAGCCCUUAUUACAUCCAUUCCUACAGCGAAAACUGGAUAUACUACAAACUUACCGCCUAUGGUCAAGAAUUCCAUUUUAACUUGUCUCUAAAUCAUAAUUUGAUAUCGAAAAAAUAUGAGGUUGAAUAUUGGAAAGGAAAUGAAUUCAUAGAUAGGACGCAUUCGCAUUUAAGAGACUGUCAUUAUUUUGGACAUAUACAAACCAAAAGGACAUCGAGUGUAGCCCUAAGUAAUUGUUUUGGCUUGCAUGGUGUGUUCGCCACGGACAACGAAGAGUAUUUUGUCGAACCUCUGUGGAACGACACCAUUAACGAUAUUGACAGUGCGGGUCACCUUCAUGUCGUUUACAAACGCUCAGCACUUAAACCAAAGCAUACCGAUAGUCAUUGUGGGGUCUCAGAUGUGGACAAACAACACCAUGACGACAACUGGUGGAUAAAUGGUCCGCGAUUCCAAACAGAAUUUAACCAGAAGUCAAAAACACAUAAAAAGUUCAGACAUCAUGACAAACAUAGAAAAAACAAACACAAGGAUGAGACCACUUCAGAAGAACACGAAGAUGAUUAUUUUGCCAAUCAUGUGUCCAACGAUGACAAUAGAUGGCGAGGGAAGAGAUCUGUUAGUGAUGAGCGACAUGUGGAGACCCUGGUGGUCGUUGACAAAACUAUGGUGGACUAUCAUGGACAAGAUGAAGUCGAACCUUAUAUACUCACAAUUCUAAACAUUGUAGCUAAACUAUACCACGAUGCUACAAUAGGAAACGCAAUAAACAUCUUAGUUACCCGAUUGGUUGUAUUGACUGAAGACCAGCCCACAUUGCUGAUCAACCACCAUGCUGAUAAGUCCUUGAACAGUUUUUGCAAGUGGCAGAAGUCAAUCAACCCGCCCCCAGCAGACUCCCCCGAAGACAACAACGGUAUUGCUCACCAUGACAACGCAAUCCUUAUCACUAGGUUUGACAUCUGCACGUACAAGAACGAGCCUUGUGGGACGCUGGGCCUUGCACCAGUUGCAGGGAUGUGUGAACCUGAUCGAAGUUGUAGCAUCAAUGAAGACAUUGGACUUGCUUCAGCAUUCACAAUUGCACACGAGAUAGGUCACAAUUUUGGUAUGCAGCAUGAUGGAGCGGGGAACCCGUGUGGGACUCCUGGUAAUGACCCUGCAAAGAUCAUGGCUGCCCAACUGACAAAGAACACGGACCCAUUCUCCUGGUCCACUUGCAGCAGGACCUACAUCACUGGCUUCUUGGAUUCAGGUCGGGGCAAAUGUCUCAGGAACGAGCCACCCACUGUCGACAUCAAGUUCCCGGACUACCUACCCGGCCAGAGGCACACCGCCAAUGAGCAGUGCAUGCUACAAUAUGGAGAAAAAUCUAGACAGUGUAAAUUCGGGGACAUAUGUAAGGAACUGUGGUGUAUGAGCAAGAAUGAUCGGUGUAUCACCAACAACAUCCCAGCAGCAGAGGGGACUGUCUGCAACCAGAGAAGGGGAAAGAAAGGGUGGUGCUAUCGAGGGAAGUGUGUGAAGUAUGGGUACAAGCCCGCGAGGGUAGAUGGACAAUGGGGUCCUUGGUCCUCCUGGAGUGACUGCUCUAGAACAUGUGGUGGAGGUGUCAUUUUAAGCGAAAGGUUCUGUGAUAGCCCAAAACCUAAACAUGGAGGGAAAUUCUGUAUAGGGGAGAGGAGAAGAUACAAAUCAUGUAAUAUACAGCAUUGUCCCCUGAACUCUACGUCAUUUAGAGAGGUACAGUGUCAGAGGCUGAAUGAGAUCCCCUUCAGAGGCAAGACAUACAAAUGGAAGCCUUAUACAGGAGGGCAGGUAAAGGAAUGUGCCCUAAACUGUAUGGCUGAAACAUUCAACUUCUACACAGAACGUGCCCCUAAAGUCAUAGAUGGCACCAGGUGCUCCUCUGAUAGCUACGACAUGUGCGUCAAUGGAGAAUGUAGGCAUGUUGGAUGUGAUCGUAUCCUUGGGUCCAAUGCCAUAGAAGACAAAUGCAGAGUGUGUGCCGGCAACCAGACAUCUUGCAAGACUGUGGAGGGACUCUUUGAGGAUAAUGACCAUGUGAAAGGAGGUUAUGUUGAAGCUUGCAGAAUAUCACGCGGCGCAGUGCAUAUAUCUGUCUCUGAGAAAGUCACAUCAUCUAAUUAUUUAGCUUUAAGAUCAGCCGACGGUACAUACUACAUCAAUGGAGCCUGGACCAUUGACUGGCCAAGGAAGUUUGAGGUGGCCGGUACAGUGUUCCACUAUGAGAGACCUAAGGGGUCACCUGAGAUACUCAAAGCUCUGGGACCUAUAAGUGAAGAUCUCGUGGUCAUGGUUUUGCUGCAGGAGGACAAUAAGGGCAUUUACUAUGAAUACAAUGUGCCCAAGGACAGUGGCUUUAUAAAUGGUACCACCUUUGUCUGGGAGUACUCUCCAUGGUCCACAUGCACUAAAUCAUGUGCUAAAGGUAUAUCAGAAGCUGUACCUAUAUGCAAGAGACAAAGUGACAAUAACACAGUGGACAACAAGUACUGUAUUGCUGGGUUGAAACCGAGUGUCAAGAUAAUACAUUGUAAUGAGAAACCUUGCCCACCUGAUUGGAGUAUAGGAAAGUGGGGCACGUGCAGCAAGACAUGUGGAGGAGGUGUCAAGAUACGUGAAAUAGACUGUGUACAGGUUCUCCCAGAUAAUGAGUUGGUUCAACUGGAGAAGGCAAAGUGUGCCAGAAAGAAGACACCCAGAUGGAGAAUGAGGUGUAACAGGGACAAGUGUCCACCUACUUGGGCAACAGAUGAAUGGUCAGAGUGUAAACCUAAAUGUGGAGCAGGCCUCAGGACCCGCAAUGUAUUUUGUGUUUCUGAUGAUGGUAAAGAUUUCUUGAAUGAGGAUAAAUGUGAUGCCCAGAAAAGACCACCAAACAAGAUGAAAUGCAACAUGGGACAGUGUCCUCCUCCUGAAUGGGUGGUGGGAGCUUGGAAAAAGUGUUCCAGCAAGUGUGGGCCAGGAACAAAGGACCGAGAUGUAAUGUGUCAAACAUACACUGGGGAGAAGAGUGAGGACUGUGAUGAAAGAGAGAAACCUCAUAAAACUGAAGAUUGUAUUAGUCCCUGUGAACAGAAACCAAAAGUCUGUCGUGACAGGAAUAAAGUAGGAUACUGUCCAUUAGUAUUGAAAUUCCAGUUCUGUAGCAGGCCCUAUUUUAGACAGAUGUGUUGUAAAACAUGCAGAGACCAAGGGUUCUAACUCACAAUCUCUAACUGUUACAGAGUUAUCAGAACCGUGGCCAGGAAUGAGACUCCUAAUAUGAUUCCCUUACUUAGAGGUGUUAACAUUUUGAAUAUGUUCAUGCUAUGAAUUCAGUUGUUCAAAUUCAAAACUCAUUCACACAGUUCCUUUGGUAUUGGAUAUAGGGGAUAAAGGAAGU